AUGGAGUUCAAAGAGGCUGUGUGUGAAUAUUGCAUACAAGAGGGUAGAAGGAUUUGGUUUAAGAAGAACGAUAACGUGAGGAUGAGAGCUGUGUAUAAGGAUGAUAGCUGUGGCUGGCUUGUGUAUGCUUCUAAUAAUACUGAGAACAAUUGCUGGCAGAUCAAGAUGUUUAUGGAUGACCACACCUGUGCAAGAGAGACCAAAAACAGACUAGCUAAUAGGAAGUGGCUAGCCUGCAAAUUGGUGAAGAAGCUAAGAAAAUAUCCGAAUUUGAGACACUCCGAGGCUGCACAAUAUUUUAAGACUAAAUGUGAUUUAGAUAUAAACAAGUCUUCACUGACCAGGGCCUUAGGAGAUGCUAGAUCUGUUGUGUACGGUGAUGCAGCUGCCCAAUAUGGCAUGGUGAGGGAUUAUGGGCUGACACUGCUGAAGAGCAAUCCAAGCUCCACUGUCACAGUUGGUGUUAUACCUCAGCCCAACCUUUAUGAUGAUCCAAUAUUUGAGAAGAUACCCCUCAUAGGCUUGGAUGGAGCUUUUCUGAAGACCCGACAUGGUGGUCAGAUCCUGUCUGCUAUUGGCCAAGAUGCAAACAACCAUAUAUAUGUGAUUGCCUAUGCAAUUGUCCUUGUUGAGAACACUGAAAAUUGGAGAUGGUUCUUGAAAUUACUUCAUCAAGACUUAGGGGAUUAUAAGAAGAGCAAGCUGUGUUUUAUCUCAGAUAUGCAAAAGGGACUAGGCCUUAUAAAUGCAGAUAAGGAGGUUUUCCCAGAUGUCUAUCACAGAUUCUGUGUUUGGCAUCUGUGGAAGAACUUCAAUAAGCAAUGGAAGGAUCUCCAACUUAGAGGGCUACUAUGGGAUUGUGCAAAGUGUACUAGCCAAGAUGGCUUCCUUGAAAUCUUCAAAAAGAUUGAAAGGGUUAAUAAGAAAGCCUGGGAGUAUUUGAACAAGUGGCCUAGAGACUCUUGGAGCUGGGUAUUCUUCAGUAAUGCACCUAAGAUAGACAACAUUUGCAACAAUGCAUGUGAAGUCUUCAACUCUAGGAUCAAAGAUGCUAGAGCUAAGCCUAUUAUCACACUCUUGGAAGAAGUCAGAAUGUAUGCAAUGAGGUCGAUAGCUAGGAACAAGAUUAUGAGAAGUUCGAAGUUCAUGGCUGGCCGACCAACAUGGUUGUGGACUUGGGAAAGAGGCUCUGGUAGGGUGGCAAACGGGCCUAAAUCCGCCGGGUCAGCCUGCGUAACCCGCCAAAAAAGGCAGAUUUGCAGCUUCUUCGACCUCAAACCUCAAUCCUCACCGUCACUCUCAGUCUCUCACUCGGUCACUCCCUCGGUCGUCAACACAGAGGACAGAGCUUCAGCCUUCAACCUUCAGCUUCUCCAGUCUCCAGUCUCCACUCUCCUCCCAUAG